GCGCUGGGCGCAGAGAGCUCAGUCCGGGCUGCGAGGAUGGUUUAUCUUCGCACGCUGUUGCGCCUCCUUCCAGGACACUCGAGUUGAAACUGAAAAAUGCCACUUUUCACGCCUUUGUAGGGGGAAAAAGUGGCUUUAAAAAAUAAAUAAAUAAAUAAAUAAAUAAAUAAGAAAAGCAUCUCCACUGCGCGCAGCAAUUAAAGAAUUUAUCAAGUGAGAAGCGGCUGAGAAGUUGGUCGUCAUCUACUGAGGGUUCUGCUGCCGCCUCCUCCUCCUGCAGGAAGGUGUGGAUGUGCGGUGUGACUGGGGUCUUCAGCAGGGCUGAUCAGCUGUGACCUCAGAUCAUGGCCUACACUUCAGGCUCGGCUCCGGACGGCCAGACUCGUGUCGGACCUCAGCACUGCGUCACUCGGGUUGAGCUGUCCGUCACCGCCACCAGCCUGCUGGACCGAGACGUAGCCUCCAAGUCGGACCCCUUCUGCGUCCUCUUCCAUGAAGUGGACGGAAACUGGGUGGAGCUCGGACGCACUGAAACAGCUGUGAACAACCUGAACCCGGUGUUCGGGGUGAAGUUUCAGGUCGACUACCACUUUGAGGAAAUCCAGAAACUUCGCUUUGCCAUGUUUGACGAGGACAAAUGUGCCACGCAGCUCUACGAACACGACUUCCUGGGAGAGUUUAUCUGCACACUGGGAGUGAUUGUGUCCAAUAAGAAGCUUCACAGACCGUUGAUUUUAGCCAAUGGGAAGCCAGCUGGCAAAGGAUCCAUUACGAUAACAGCACAGGAGCUGUCUGACAACAGAAUCAUCACUUUGACCCUGAGUGGGCGUAAACUGGAUAAGAAGGACUUCUUCGGUAAGUCGGACCCCUACCUGGAGUUUCACAAACAAGGAGAAGACGGUAAAUGGAUGCUGGUGCACAGGACAGAGGUGAUAAAGAACACUUUAGAUCCAGCGUGGAAAUCUUUUACCGUGCCUCUUAUUUCGCUCUGCAAUGGAGACGUGGACAGAAACAUCAAGGUCCUCUGCUACGACUACGACAACGACGGAGGCCAUGACUUCAUCGGAGAGUUUCUGACCACAGUUUCCAAGAUGAGCGAAGCCCAGAACUCAGUGGAGGUGGAGUUCGACUGCAUCAAUCCCAAGAAACAGAAAAAGAAGAAGAACUACAAGAACUCUGGAAUUAUCAUCGUCAAGUCCUGCAAGAUUACCAGAGACUACACAUUUCUGGAUUACAUACUGGGAGGAUGCCAGCUCAUGUUUACAGUCGGUAUAGACUUCACGGCGUCUAAUGGGAACCCCCGAGAGCCGUCCUCCCUCCACUACAUCAAUCCUCUGGGCAGCAACGAGUACCUGGCUGCCAUUUUAGCUGUGGGACAAAUCAUACAGGACUACGAUACCGACAAAAUGUUUCCUGCUCUGGGAUUUGGAGCCCAACUCCCACCAGACUGGAAGGUGUCGCACGAGUUUGCCAUCAACUUUGACCCAACCAACCCUUUUUGCUCAGGCGUGGAAGGCAUCGCCCAGGCCUACUCCGCCUGCCUCCCUCACAUUCGCUUCUAUGGCCCGACGAACUUCGCUCCGAUCAUCAACCAUGUAGCACGCUUUGCUGCUCAGGCCCUUCAGCAGGAGAAAGCAGCGCAGUACUUCACACUCCUCAUCAUCACAGACGGUGUCAUCAGCGACAUGGAUGAGACCCGCGAUGCCAUUGUACAGGCGUCUAAGCUGCCCAUGUCCAUCAUCAUCAUCGGUGUGGGCAACGCAGACUUCGCUGCCAUGGAGUUCCUUGACGGAGACGCCAGCGUGUUGAGGUCCAACACGGGAGAAGAGGCUGUUCGGGACAUCGUGCAGUUCGUCCCUUUCAGAGAUUUCCGUAAUGCACCCAAGGAGACCCUCGCCAAAUCCGUCCUGGCCGAGCUGCCUCAGCAGGUCACCCAGUACUUUAAACAGCGGAAUCUACCACCAGCCAACAUGGCGCCAGAGUGAGACGGAGCCCAACAAGCUGUACAAUAGCUCGACGAAACCUCUCUUCUCGUUAAUACAGAACAAAAGUAUGUAUGUCAGCUGUGAACUAAAAAAUAAAUCAAACAUUGAAGACAUUCCUGUCAUUAUAUUUGCAAAGUUUUUACUGGUUACAGAAUGUUUGGUCAGUAUCUAGUGUGAAUCCAUCAGAAGUGAUAUUCUUUGUUUCUUUAAGCUAAAGAUCUACGACGGUGAAGGACCUUGCAUGUGUAAAGAGGCCAGAUAAUAUGCAGGUAAAACGCUGGCCAUUUUUAGACGGAUGAAAAAUGAUUCAUCGAGAUGUAGUUUUCAUUUUACUUUUUGCAUGUGUUUGUGUCUUGUGAUUGAUACCAUGUGAUACAUACAACUCCUUUGUGUGAAGUCCUUUGUAAGCUGAGCUGUAUCAGUGGUUGAUUCCUCUCCCGUUGUUGUAUGGAUCCUUUUUGAGGUAGCAGAUCAGAUGAAAGCUGUUUGUGCUCAUGUGUGGUGGUCUGAUGGACUCAGCAGAGCACGAUUUCUUCACCCCGUCACCGGAGGGAGGUUUUUAUUUAGAAGUUUUGACCAGCAGUGGUCUGAUAGGUGGGUUUAACGCUAAUCGAAGAGGACGGACUCAGAUUAAAAUGGGGUCAUAAUGGCAACUGUAGCACUAACACAGAAUAGAUGUGGGAUACUGAGGGAACUCAUUAGGCUGUUAAAUAUGGGGCCAUUUUGCUAGCUUUUGCAAAAUCCUUGUAUUUCUUAUGACUUUGGUUCAUCCUGCAUGUCACCAAUAUCUACUCACUGUUUACAAACCAAUGCUGAUGAACACAGACGCAUGAUGUUUUAGGGGUUUUUUUGGCCAAACUAUGUAUUUAUCAGAUUCUGUAAAUAUUUUAUGAGAUUCUCUUGAAAGUAAAUGAAGUAUUACACAAUAAAUGAAGAUGUUGUAACUGUCAGAGUUUUAAAGAGCAGAAGCAGAGAAGCUUCUGAUAUGCAUAUAUAUCGAAUGUAUAUUUCUAUGAUGCCGUUUGUGUUAUGAUAAGCCAACGUUUCUGCCAUGUUUUUAAUGUACUUUUUAUGCAGUGCUGAAUUGUGUAAUUAAACAACCACGUGUAUUGCUGUGUAUAUUUGUAUUAAAUGUGUUCACUAUUAAUUUUAUAAAGUUGUGUCUGUGUCCACGUGCAGGUUAAUAAAUGGAAAGAAAGUCA